UGUCCUAUAUAUAGAGAAGUUAAAGGAAAAUUUAAUCGUCUCGACUCUUUUCGUUGUCACACAAAUUACCUCCACUCUAUUCGCUCACAAACGCUGUACGUACGUCCAAUUAAAAUCUAAUUAUUCAAUCACCUAUAAUUUUCCAUUUUAGUGUAAUAAAAAUCAUGUACGAAUUCAUUGCGAGAUAAGAGGAGUUCAACUCACAUGGUCUCGCGACCGAUUCGCGUAAAGACAAUGAGAAAAUCACAGAAGGAGAAUAUUAUUGUUUAGAGCGGCAAGUGUGUGUGACAGAAAAAAAGUGAAAGAACUGAAAAGUCAUUACUGUUUCAAAAUUCGUUCAGGCAGUAACAGUUUUUGAAUUUAUUAAAUUAGGAGGCAAUUUUUUGCAAAAGUUAAUUGAACUUACAAGAAUUUAUUUCUUACUUUUCUUUUCAUAGAAGUAUUUUUUCUUCUUUCUUUUAUCAAACCGAUUUCCGAGGUUUGGUCAAAAAAAUAGUUUUCGAGAAUUGCUCUUGACGACUGUUCACAAAUGUAAUCGAUAAAUUGUGAUCUUGUACAAUUAAAGUGAAAAAUAUAUGAAGAAUUUUUUGAAAUUAAAAUUUUAAUAAGAAGGAAGUAAGAAUGUCUGAGAAAAAAGUAAUGCCUCCGAUACCGGGGAAAAGUCGACAAUAUUUAGCUGCAACUACAGUGAGUCUAUCAGCCCUGGCUUAUGGAACAUCACUAGGAUGGGUGGCUCCCGUCCUCCCGCGUCUCUUGAGCCAGGACACACCAGUGGGAAGUGAACCCAUGACAGACGAGACAGCCUCCUGGCUAAUUAGCGCCCUAUGCCUGGGUGGCUUAGUAAUGACUCCAAUCUUAGGACCACUUGCCGAGAAAUUUGGAAGAAAAUUUGUCGGCUGCCUGAUAGCAUUGCCCUUGGUACUUAGUUGGCUCCUAAAGAUUUUCGCACAAGACUCAAGUUAUCUCAUAGCCGCGAGAUUCGUUGCCGGUUGCGGUGGUGCUGGAUGCAUUUUUAUCAUCUCCCUCUACAUUUCCGAGACGACAAGCGACGCAAUUCGAGGGACGGCCGGAAGUUUUUUGGUUCUCUUUCUAAAUAUUGGAAUUCUCCUCUCAUAUAUCAUUGGACCGAUAUUAUCAUUCAAAUUCUUUGGCAUUGUUUGCCUUUGUCUGCCCGUAUUUUAUCUCGGCUGCUUUGUCUUCCUGCCGGAAACACCUGUGUACUUAAUUAGAAAUAAUAGACUUAAUGAUGCAAUCAAAUCAUUGUCAUGGUUGAAGGGGGGAAACAAGGCGGCGAUCGAACAGGAAUUGGCGUACCUUCAGGGACAGGUAAAGGAGACGAGUUUUUCGAAAUCGUCAAAACUUUCCGAUCUCUUUAAGGAGAAGGGAACAGUUAAGGGACUGAUUAUAGCAUUCAUUCUUUUGGGUGGACAACAAAUGUGUGGAAUGUUCGUGAUGCUGAGUUAUGCGACGAAAAUUUUUGAAAUGUCCGGCAGUUCAAUAUCACCGGAUAUAUCGACGAUCAUCAUUGGAAUAAUGCAACUAAUUGGCUCCUAUAUUUCGACAUUCCUCAUCGAAAGGGCGGGAAGAAAAUUACUGACCAUUAUCUCCUGUGGACUGAUGUGCACUUGUCAUGUUGUUCUCGGAAUCUUUUGUCACUUUCAAGCUAGGGAUUAUGAUCUAACGUCAAUUGGAUGGAUUCCGGUGAUUGCUCUGUCGACUUUUGUCCUGGCUCACUGUUUAGGUUUGGGUCCCGUACCAUUUAUUGUGGUGUCGGAAAUUUUCAAACCUGACGUUGCGAGUUUAGCGAGUUCGAUAUCAUUGAGUUCACUGUGGAUUCUCCUCUUUCUGAUAGUGAAAUUCUUCGCUUCAUUGAUGGCACUAAUUGGAAUUGCUAAUUGUUUUUUCCUUCUAGCUGUAUUUUGUGCUUGUACACUAUUUCUAACGGUGGUAAUGGUUCCGGAGACGAAGGGACGAACUAUCGAAUCUAUUUUCAAUGAACUUAACGGAACGACACAAUCUAACGUUAAGGCUUAGUUUAUAUAAUUUAGUACAAAUUUUUGUAACUUAUAACUAGGAUUUGAAUUAUGAUUACUAUUUUUAUUUUGUUAUUACUAUUAUCAUCAUUAUUGUUAUAAUACGAUAGUAAUUAUUCCAAAACGUUUAUCUAGCGAAAGUGUUGAAUUCCAAAACGUUUAUCUAGCGAAACUAAAAUUCCAAAACGUUUAUCUUCAACGAAAGUGUAAAUACAAAAAUAAUAUUUUGAUCUUACCU